AUGGGUGAGGGAACUCCUGGCGUGGAGAGUGUGCAAAGUGUACCCAUGGCUCACCGCAGCCUUGGAAAGGAAGAGAAGCCUCUAAGUGUUUGCAUCCAUUCUCCGCGGCGCACGCUCUAUGGAGUGGCAGAGCACGUGCGAUGUGGCAAGAAUCACAUUUACGAGCCACAAGUGGUUCCCCUUGGCCCGUACCACCACCGCCGGCAUCCACAGCGGGAUCUGGUGGACCCACUCAAGAACGAGCUACGUGAUUUAGUUUGCGGAGACGCUAGCCGCAAAAGCUCCCUCCUGAGCAACAUCCAUGAGCGGAUAGACGAAAUCCGCCAUUUCUACGGCGGAGCUGAUGGCUUCACCGACACGGAAUUGGCUGAAAUGAUGCUUCGCGACGCCUGCUUCCUCAUCGGCUACAUGAUAGGAGGUGAUUGUUACACCCUCAUCUGCCGACGUCUGGGAAUGUCCGGGAAUCUGGUCAUGUAUGGAGAUAUGAGAAUGCUGGAGAAUCAGAUUCCGUUUUGGCUCAUCUCCUUAAUACGCCCUGAUCACGAAUCACUGCUGUGCGAGUACAUGAACCUCAUUGUUUUUGGCGAUAACAGCAGGGCGGCACAUAUUCCAUGGGGAAACAAUGAAGGAAGAGAGCCUAUUGUUUUCGGUGGUUACACAAGGAUCACACAACUUCCGUGGGAAAACGGAAAAGGAGAAGAAGAGCCUCUUCACCUUCUAGAAGCUUCACGCCGCACCCUCCUCAGCCUUGCUGACAACCAAGAAAAUGGGGUAGUGAAGGAAAGCUCCAGAACCGUGUGGAAAAUGGUGAACAGUCCGUUUCGAUCGGUGACGGAUCUUAAAGAAAAAGGCAUUCAUUUCAGGCGGAGUUCAAAUUGCUUGACGGACAUCACGUUCACCUCCUUCGCCCUCUACUCUGAACUCCGCCUCCCUUCCUUCUACCUCUCCGACAACACCAAGGUAUACUUCUCCAAUAUUAUCGCAUUCGAGAUGUCACCCGAGACGCGCACAAACUUCGCGGUGACGUCUUACUUCAACUUCAUGAAAGCGCUGAUCCACAACGUGAAUGAUGUAAAGGUGUUGCGGGAGAAAGGCAUACUGUACGGCCUGUUGGCAAGCGACGAAGAGGUGGUUGGAAUAUUUAAAAGCAUCGAUACUUAUGGAUACUCGAACCGAACAUGUGGCCUUUUUCGCGACGUGAAGAUGGGGAUUGAGGAGCACUGCAACAGCAGAGUGAGGACGUGGACGGCGGAUCUCAUGAAAACCAAUUUCCGGAGUCCGAGGACUGUUGUAGCUCUUGCUGCCGCCGCUUUUCUGAUAUGCCUCACUUUUCUACAAACCUACUUCACAAUCCAUCCACGUAAAUAA